AUGGGUCGAAGUCGUAGCCGCUCCCCUCUUAGGGAAUGUAGGCGAUCCCGGUCCACAAAGUCCAGGUCCAGGGAGAGAGAUCACAGAAGGAGCCGCUCAAGAUCCCCACAACAAAGACGCUCCAGGUCUCCAAGACGACAUAGAUCCACAUCUCCCUCCCCUUCUCGGCUGAAAGAAAGAAGAGAUAAGAAGAAAGAAACUAAAGAAGUAAAGAACAAAGAACGUCAGAUUACUGAGGAAGAUCUGGAGGGUAAAACGGAGGAAGAAAUAGAAAUGAUGAAAUUAAUGGGAUUUGUCUGUUUUGACUCCACAAAGGGAAAGAAGGUAGAUGGCUCUGUAAAUACCUAUGCCAUCAAUGUGUCUCAGAAGAGGAAAUACAGGCAGUACAUGAAUCGAAAAGGCGGAUUCAACAGACCUCUGGAUUUUAUUGCAUGAGCCUAGAGGUGUUGGAUGGAUGAUUUUCCCCCCUCGUCUGGGUCAGAGAGUAUUUAUAUUUUGUAUUUAAUACACAUCAAAACACGAUCUUGAUUCUUCAUUCUUAUAAAGUAAGAAAGUCUUAUUUAUGACACCCACCUUACUUACUUAUCAAGGCAGUGUCCCUGGGGUGGCCACCAGUCCAUUUGUCUGUCCUUGUUCCUCUGAAACUAUGUGUGCUUUUUUCUUGGAUGCUUGCUAGGUGUUCUUAAAAACUGAAAGUAAAUUACAUGUUUCCCCAAUAAAACAAUGUUUCUACCCCCCAAAAAAA